UCAAAAUGUCAGCGCCCAUACGAACGUAAAUAAAUAGAGAUUUCUGAGAUAUUUAAAAAUUACACCAGAAAUAAUCUAAAAAAUCGCUUAAAUAUUGAUCAGUAAAUGUUUUUUUACUGAAAAGCAGUAUGGCCGAUGAUAAAAAUGAGGAGGGUACAGAAUUCCGACUGGUGGCCAAAGAUGAAUUACGAUUUGAGGUUGAAUCAAAAGCUACAGUUGUUAUGGAGAUGAUGGAAGGGAAAGGUGAAAUAUUCGGAACGGAAUUGGCCAAGGGCAGAAAAUAUAAAUUUUUAGCUGGAGCUAAAGUUGCUGUUUAUACAUGGCAUGGUUGUAGAAUUAAAUUGAAUGGUACGACUGAAGUAGCGUAUAUCUCUAAAGAGACACCCAUGUUAAUGUAUUUAAACACACAUGUAGCAUUAGAACAGAUGAGAGUCAAGGCUGAUGAAGAAAAUACAAGAGGCCCUAGAGCAAUAAUUGUUGGACCAACUGAUGUGGGUAAAAGUACACUGUGUCGUAUUUUAUGUAAUUAUGGAGCUCGUCUGGGUAGAGCUCCAAUAUUUGCUGACCUUGAUGUAGGUCAGGGUCAUACUGAUAUCCCUGGAACUCUGGGAGCUUUAUCUGUAGAACGACCAUCUGAUCCAGAAGAAGAUUAUUCACAGUUAAGUCCCCUAUCAUUUCAUUUCGGCCAUAAAUCCCCAGGAGAUAACGUCACCUUAUACAGCUUACUGGUUCAGAGAUUAGCAGAAGUCAUUAAUCUCAGAUGUGAAAAAAGCAAGAAAACCAAUGUUAGUGGGUGUAUUAUAAAUACAUGUGGAUGGAUUCGUGGAGAGGGAUACAAUAUGAUCAAAAUGGCUGCCGGAGCUUUUGAAGUUGAUUCUGUGAUGGUAAUAGAUCAAGAGAGAUUAUAUACAGAGUUAAGACGAGAUUUACCAGAAUUUGUAUCAGUUGUUUUAUUACCAAAAUCUGGUGGGGUUGUGGAGAGAAGUAAAAAUACGAGAGCUGAAGCGAGAGAUGCGAGAACACGAGAAUAUUUUUACGGCAUAGAUAACAGUUUAUAUCCUCAUACAUUUGAGAUUAAAUUUACCGAAGUCAAAAUUUAUAAAAUUGGAGCUCCCGAGUUACCCGAGUCCUGUCUACCAUUAGGUAUGAAUGCUGAAGAUCAUAAAACUAAAGUUGUUCCUGUUAUACCCAGUAUGUCGUUAUUACAUCAUAUAUUUAGUGUAUCAGCUGCUAACUCUAUAGAAGAUAAUAUCAAAGAAACUAAUGUUAUAGGAUUUGUUGUCAUUACAGCAAUAGAUAUGGAAAAACAAGCCUUCUCUGUUUUAGCACCAUCACCCAGACCUUUACCUAAAAACGUUUUACUUAUGAUGGAUAUACAGUUCAUGGAUAUUAAAUAAAAUCUGUUACAUGAUUGAAGAGAUAAACAAUGUUAUAGAUUAAUGGAGAUAAUUAUAUGUGUGUGUGAAUGGAUAAGUCUUGCGUAUGAUGAAUAGUUAUAAUUUGACUGUUUACUGAAUAAAUAUCACCUGUGAUCAUCUAAAAAUCAUCUACUCAUAAUGUGGUCCAAUCAGUUCAUUUCACUGUUAGUAUUUAUUGUCAUGAGUAUAAAGUUCAGUGCAGUGGGAGCUUACAGAAAUCAUAAGAACGUACACACAUCCCAAUGCUUGGUACCAGACACAAUCUGGUUAAAACACAGAUCCUAUUUCGUUUUGUUUUUAUAGUUCAAAAUUUCGUUUUACUUGUCUUUACUACACUUGGAUCUGGAAGAGUUGUUAUUAAACUCGUGUUCUGGAUGGUGUCAGGGAUAAGGCAAUGAAACGGUCUGUUACGGCGAGCUUUAGGCGUGUUUUGCACGGAACUGUGGGUAAUCCACUAGUAACAUCAAUGCUAAUUGGUUAAUCAAAUGUCUGACGUCAUAGGGUCAUAAGUUGGUCUUUUGACCCCUGACGUGACCUAUCGCUAUAACUUGUCAGAUCUUCAUGUAGUGUAGUCCAUCGAAAGUAUAAAAAGCGAAACGAAAUAUAGAUCUGUAUUAUAAUCAGAUUGUACCAGAAAAACUGUUUUUAUGAUUAGUUUCUUUUGUUCUGUUAGUUGAAAACCGAUCUAGUGGGGGGGGGGGGCACUAGUACAAGAUCUUUAGCUGUAGUAGGAAACCGGGGAAAACACAUGAGGUGUGGCAGGCGACCCUACUUCUGGUCACUUAUAAGCCUGGUAGCAACUCAUACCAUUUGACUAUUACAUAUCUUAAGAUUUACGUGUUUUGAUUUUUUUGACUCAUGUAUCUCAUUUAGCCAGUCGUCACAUUUGAAAAUUUAGGCUGCAUGAUAUCUUUCAAUCUCAAAAUUGAAUCAAAAUUUUGUGUCCUGAUGAAAUCAAACACGUUAUUUAUUUUUUUUAAUCACCAUUUUAAGUCCAUAUUUUAGCAAGAUUUUUAAUUCAUUUGAUUACCUACACAAGAGCCUAAUCAUUUUAAGAUAAUAAAAUGUACAUAGUAUU